CUCUAAGAAAAUGCAAGGUCUCGCUCUAGCAAGUUGGAAACAGUGUAAGAUGAAAGAGCGAGCAUGAGAGAUCCAGGGACCAGAGUGUUGAGCAAGAUGCUGCUCUCGCUGCUACUGCACUGCUUCUGCGUGGCUACUACAGCUUCUGUAUCUAGUGGAGGUCUCGGUGGAUUAUCAGGCGUGACGAGCGAAGCGCGCCCUGAACGACCAUACUUUGACGACGUGUCGCCGCGGAACGUGACAGCGGUCGUCGGCCAAUCGGUGGUGCUGCGGUGCCGCGCUAAGCACAUUGGGAAUAGGACUGUAUCCUGGAUGCGCAAACGCGACCUUCACAUCCUGACGUCCCACAUCUUCACGUAUACUGGCGACGCGCGCUUCAGCGUGCUCCACCCGGAGCCCUCCGACGACUGGGACCUCAAGGUGGACUACGUGCAGCCGCGCGACGCCGGCGUCUACGAGUGUCAGAUCAAUACGGAGCCGAAGAUCAAUAUGGCGGUGUUUUUGACAGUUGAAGAUGAGUCCUUAACCCCGGCGACCGAGGCCCCGUCCCGCUCCUCAGCGGCCGCAGCCUCCAUCUGGGGUUCUCAAGACGUGUAUGUGAAGAAAGGAAGCACAAUAUCUCUGACUUGUUCUGUGAACGUGCACUCUUCGCCACCGUCGAGCGCGUCCGUGCUCUGGUAUCACGGCAAUUCCGUGGUCGACUUCGACUCGCCCCGCGGCGGCAUCAGCCUCGAGACGGAGAAGACGGAAGGCGGCACCACCAGCAAGCUGCUGGUGACUAAAGCGGCGCUGACCGACUCGGGGAACUACACGUGCGUGCCCAACAACGCGCACCCGGCCUCCGUGUCCGUGCACGUGCUUAAUGGCGAGCACCCAGCCGCCAUGCAAACGAGCAACAGAGCGUCGUCUUACCUCACUGCGCAGCUGAGCUGCGCGGCAGUCACCUAUCUGCUCUCUUCUAUGGCUUGCAGAUGAUCAGCUUAACCGAUACGUUAGAAAAGGACAGAGCUUCUUCUUCGGCUUCGAUUUCGGGAUUCAAUAAUUUUGAAAUUUAAUUGGUUUAUAUUGGAAAUUCAAUUGAUUAAGCGCCACUUGAACCAUGCCACUAACCCGGGGUUAACCGGUAAAACCGUUAACCCAGUAUCAAAUCUAUUGGUAACCAAAACCAUAGUAACUCCAGGUUUAACCUGUUAACCCCGGAAGGCGCAAGUGGCCCUUAGUCAUUGUAUUUUAUUCCGUUCCAGUUGCAAUUUCAUUGAAGUGUUGUUUUAUAAAAUAUAAUUUUGUCAGGUAAUGAGAAACAAAAUCAAUGUUUAAUAAUAACAUUUAAAACUUUCCGAAACCGAAACAUGUUUUAACAAUAUUUAUAAAGUUAAUUUAACUUUACUUCGUUAUUGAAAGCGACGUCAAGUUGUUAAAUACCUAAGUAUCGUUUCCGAGAGGUAAAAGCUUCACUCAUGUGAAAAUUUAAUGUUGUUAAUAUAGACUUAAUUAACAUUAACAUUAGAUAUUACUCAAACCGUUAGGAGAUUGUUAUAAAAUACGUAAUUGUAAGAUCUACUUUAAGGAAGCAAGAAGACAGUAGUAUUUGAUAAUUGAAUUGGAACAUACGUUCAUUUAUGUAAGUUUGAUGUUAUUCCAAUAAUAAUAUUUUGAAGGAAUUACCUGAAAAUAAAUCAUACAUACGUAAUCGUACAGUUAUUAAUCAUUGUUUUAAAACAAUGACGAUUGAGUUGUAUUGCAAUUAUUUCUUGUACCUACCCCCUAACUAAAUAUUUUAUUGUCAUUUUAUGUAGGUAUUUUUUUUAAAUCAAUAUUGUUGUUCAAUUCUGAAUCAUCGAAUUUCUUAAAUAAUUAGAAGAUUUAUAUAAGAAAAUUUUAUUUAGAAUGUCGCACUACUUAUGGAAUUUUGAUAUUCCAGUAAAGGUAAGAUAAAUUCAACUUGGAAGAUUUAGGAUUUAGGAUUCUGAGAUUGCGGGACUUCCAAAAAGUUUUUAAACUCAUAUUUUUCACUUUAACAGAAUUGUCUGCCAUGUUUUGAUCAAGCAUUAAUCUGAAGUACCUAAUCAAUUCGUUAAUUAAUUGGACACUUUACUACAUUUUCAGUUUAAAAGUCAUCAAAUCAAUUAUCUUUGAUAUUCCAGAGUAAAGGUAAAGGUAAGAUAAAUUCAACUUGGAAGAUUUAGGAUUUAGGAUUCUGAGAUUGCGGGACUUAAUUC